AUGAAUCAACUAGAAGAGAUAGUUGCAGCGUCUUCUGCACCUCGUGAAGGUGCCAUAACUUACUUACAGAGCUCGACCACAAGCUCUACCCAAACAGAUUCCUCAACCCACCUCAACACGUCUUCUGAGGAGAAAACUGAAAAACAGAAUCUUUCAUUUCCAGACCGCCUUGAAGAUCAAGAGGCCAGUGUUGAACAUCAACCACACGCCGUUUACGACUACACAAGGAAUGGUGACGAGUUAUCAAGGUCAGAAUUGAAUGCCCAAUUAUCGCGAGAGCUUUCCAGAAGAAUUACCAACACAGGAUCGUUCCUAUUGCAAGAUCAUGCCGAUAUGGACCUCUCCAUGGGGGAGAAUAUUCCCUUCCCACCAAAAUUGCCCGAUAGAACUCCAUAUUGUGUCGCAUUCAAUGGAUUGGAUGACCCUUAUCAUCCACACAAUCUCUCAUUUUACAAAAAGAUGUUGUACAGUGCUUCAGUUGCAAUGGCAGCACUUUCAUUUUCAAUGGGUUCAUCUAUGUUUUCCCAGGGUAAUAAAGAAGUUAUGCAACUUUAUCAUAUUGGAGAGUCAGUUGUCGCUUUGGGUACUUCACUAUUUGUGUUCGGUUUCUCUGCAGGGCCAGUUAUUCAUGGUCCCUUAAGUGAAUUGUUUGGUAGAAAGCCAAUAAUGGUGAUUUCAUGUUUUGGUUACGUUUGUUUUCUGUUUGGCUCUGCUACUUCCAAAGACUUGCACACAUUGAUGUUGUGUCGAUUCUUUUCAGGGUUUACAGGGAGUGCACCAUUUGUGGUUGGUCCUGCAGUUAUGGUUGAUUUGUUUAGAGCAAGAGUAAGAGGAAUAGCAAUGUCGGUGUUUGUGAGUGUAUUGUUUGGUGGCCCUAUGAUUGCUCCUGUAUUGGGCGGUUUCAUUGUCAAGAAUCCAAGUAUGGGCUGGAGAUGGACCUUGUAUAUGUCGGGGAUUAUUGGUUGCGUUUCUUUGGUAAUGAAUGCCUUUUUUUUGCAAGAGACUCAUCACCCGGUAUUACUAGUGAGGAAGGCUGAAUUAUUGAGAAGAAACACAGGUAAUUGGGGCAUAUUCGCCGCACACGAAGAAGUCUCCCUAAGUUUGAGUGAGAUUGUGAGAAACAACAUUAUGAGACCAUUAAAGUUGCUAUUCACUGAGCCAAUUAUUUUCCUCGUCAGUGUGUACAAUGCGUUUGUUUAUGGCAUGCUUUAUGCGUUUUUGACGGUUAUUCCAUUAGUGUUUUCAGGUCGGUACCAUUGGUCACAAGGAGUUGGCGAGUUGCCAUAUGUGUCCAUGUUUUUGGGGGUUUGUUUUGGGGGUCUUAUUAUUGUGUAUUUCGAAAAUAUGUUGAAUAAGAGGAUGGAUGCUACGGGAUUAAACCCAUCUCCGGAGGCAAGACUACCACCAGUCAUGGUUGGAGGAGCUACUUUUGUAAUUGGAAUGUUUUUGUUGGGCUGGACAGGUGACUAUGCCGAGCAUAUACAUUGGAUCGUUCCCGUCAUUGGAGCUUUUAUUGUUGGUAUUGGUUUAAUGUUAAUAUUCUUGCCUACUAUGAAUUACAUUAUUGAUUGUUAUCUAUACAUUGCUGCUACAGCUUUAGCCGGUAACACAUUUCUUAGGUCUUCAUUUGGUGCUGCCUUUCCUUUGUUUACUACACAAAUGUUCAACAACUUGACCAUCAAGUGGGCAGCAACUUUACUAGGUGGUUUGGGAGCAUUGAUGAUGCCUUUGCCGUUCAUCUUCUACAAAUACGGUGCUACAAUUAGAAGCAAAUCAAAGCAUGCGAUGCAUUAG